GCGUCAUUCGAGCACGCGCACGUCUUCUGUGGCGUCGUAGUACUACCCUCGCAGUGAGGCGAAAACGGUGGGAGUGGGGGAAAGAGAGGUCCAGACUGAACAAAAUGGCUGCCUCAUCUUCAUCUUCAGCUGGUGGAGUUAGUGGAAGUUCUGUAACUGGAUCUGGGUUCAGUGUCUCAGAUCUUGCCACACCACGAAAAGCUCUGUUUACCUACCCCAAAGGUGCUGGAGAAAUGUUAGAAGAUGGCUCAGAGCGCUUUCUCUGUGAAUCAGUUUUCAGCUACCAGGUUGCAUCUACACUAAAGCAAGUGAAACAUGAUCAGCAAGUUGCUCGAAUGGAAAAACUUGCUGGAUUAGUUGAAGAACUGGAAGCAGAUGAGUGGAGAUACAAGCCCAUAGAACAGCUUCUCGGGUUCACUCCUUCCUUGGGUUGAAAGCUUGUAGUUUGUUGAUGUGGAAAGAUCAAACACUUGCACAACUCCAUUUUAAACCAUUUAAUGGUUUUAUGCUGUACUCUUCCAGUAGAAUAAAGAAAAUCCAUAGCAGGCCAUUCUUUUACACAAUCCACUGAAUUAUGGUCACAUAUAAAAUCUGUUCAGUUUCUCACCAGCCUGGACAACUUGUCUCACAAGGGUGUGAUGUCUGCAAAUAAGGAGAUGCAAUCCGUUUGCAGAGAAUAACCUGUUUGCUUCAAGGUGAAGGAAUGGUUGCUUAAACUUAACAAGCCUUUAUGCUGACCUUGGAGGAUGUGUGCUGAAAGCUGGCCCCAUAAUUGGACCCUUGUUACUGUUCAAGUUAAACUCCUGGAGGGUAGAGUAAAAAGGCAUAAGACGUUGGCCUUAAGCUCUUCCUUUGAAGAUGGAUGUGAUAAAACAAUAGGACAGAUCACUUGAAGGGCAGAAGAAUGUUAACUGUUUCCUGUCUCUCAUAUAUCCUGUGUUUUGCGUAGUCUGCGUUUUCUCAGCUGUUUCUUUGUUAACUGUAUGUGGAAAUACUGACAGAGGAUGAGUGCUGUUAAAAGCAGGGCAAGUCUCUGAAAAGAGAUAUUGGCUGUUCUUUCCUUUGGUUCCAGUGCAUUUGAGCUGUCUGCUUGGCAAAUAAAUUAUUUCAACUACU